GUUUUCAGGUUUUUUAGCGCUUCUGUUUUGGGCUUUUGUCUCUAGAAGAGUCUGGUCACUGUGACAUCAGAACGUCUCCACGCCAACGUGUUUUCCAGAUCAAAGUGCAUUGUGGGGCCGUUGACCCGUCGGCUGUGUUGGACAGACAGACUGUUGGACGGGACGGAGACACACGGAGGACAAGAGACACAAUCGUUAUGACAACAACUGAAUACCGCGACAUUGAAGAUGACAGCAGCUCCUUUUGGAACAAAGAGCCAGCACCUGUCUCUCUCUCAGCUGUCUCCAGGUUCAGACGCUGGUUGUUUCCUGCUCUGACGGCUACAUUCAUCCUGGUUCUGAUCAUAGUACUGGGAGCUAGCAACACACAGACCUCUAACCGACUCUGGUCUCUGGAGAAAACUGUUUCCAACGUGAACGAAUCCCUGAGCUCAGUACAGCAGCUCGCAAAAGACGCAGCUAAAGACGUUAACCGCCUCAAGUUUUCAGUGGAGAACAACAAGGAUCAGCUGAUCUCAGUGGGCGAGGCGUUGAAGCAGCUGUCUGUCGUCGACUCCCUCAGCCAGACCGUCGCCUCGCUGAAAUGUUCCCUCGAACGAAUCAUCAACAACAGCUCAGCAGUGGAGGGCUGUUGUCCUCUGGACUGGCUGCCCUUCGGCUCCAGCUGUUAUCUGUUCAGCAAGACGUCCGCAUCCUGGCCCCGAGCCAGAGAUUGGUGCAACGGACACGAAGCACACCUGGUCAUUCCCAUCACCGACGAGGAUUGGAACUUUGUGAUCCGUCAGGCGGGCGGCGUCUUCCACUGGGUGGGUCUGACUGAUGAGAAGGGGGAGUGGGAGUGGGUCAACCAGACCCCGUACGUCAUGAACCGAAGGCGCUGGAUGCCGGGGCAGCCGGACAGCUGGACCGGGCACGGGUUCGGGCCCGGGGACGAGGACUGCGCCCACAUACACACCGACGGGCGCCUCAACGACCUGCACUGCUCCACCAGGCUGCGCUACAUCUGCCAGAAACACCGCCUGCGCAGCUGAACCCCCAGGACCAGACCAGGAACCCCUCCAGAACCAGACCAGUACCCCUCCCCCCAAAAACCCGACCAGGAUCCCUCCCCCCAGAACCAGACCAAACGU